UCAUACUGAUGUACGCCAUAACACGGUGUAGGAAACGUGUGAUCUUUCCAUGCAGGAUAACUUAGUGUUUUUCCUUGAAUUAUGGCACACGACCUCGCUGAUUUAGGCGCUGAGACGAACGUCGACAGAGAUGUCACCAUGAGUGACAUCCUCAAUGCCUUACCGUUUUCACGGAGACUGGGGAUUUAGGGCAGGCUAUCUAUUAUAUAUUCGCCUACACUGAGUCAGUCAAAGGCUAUAGCUCAAAGACAUCAACAGGCAACGAAGGGUGAUCCGCAAUCUCAUCGUUGGCCGCAGAUGUCAACGGACAAUUCAUUCCACUGGCAAUGUUGCUAUGCAUUCCAUCAGGUACAGUGCUGUGCAGUGAGGAACCGUCCCUCCCCAGCACCUGAAGAGCUAGCGGGUACACUGCUGUGCAGGCUGGUGCUGAGGAUGCUGAGACUCAGGCUGCUCAACACCGUAGCUCCAGCCUACUUUUUCACGGCGACAGCUGUCACGUUCGCCCUGUAUUUUGUCUUUUUCAUUCCAACAAUUUUCCAACCUCCUGGCAUCAUGAUACACACAAUCAUUUUUCUCUAUCUGAUGUUGAAUGCAUUGGGGAAUUACGCAAUGACUAUUUGGUUUCCAUCGGAGACUGUCAGUGACAGCACUCUUCCAUUGUGUCCUGUAGACUGUCCAGACAGAGUGGAUGCCCAUUACCUCCGUAAUGACCGUCACUUUUGUAAACUGUGUAAGAAAGUCAUUCUGAAGAGGGACCACCACUGCUUCUUCACGGGAAACUGCAUAGGAAACAACAACAUGCGUUACUUCGUCAUGUUUUGCAUCUACACGUCAUCGACUUGCUUGUACUCCCUGGUUCUAGGCGUGGCUUAUCUCACUGUGGAAUACUCCAUUUCAUUUGAAAACCCCUUGACGUUCCUCACACUACUGCCCAUCUCAACAGGAUACUUUUUGAUUGGUGUGAUCUCAGGCCUCCAAUUCUUCCUGGUCUUGAUGCUUUAUGUGUGGCUGGGGAUUGGGCUGGUGUGUGCUGGGUUCUGCUGCCAGCAGAUUCUCCUGGUAGCCCGCGGCCGGACCUGGUGCCACCUGCGGAGGGGACGUGUGGUUGUGAGUCAUGGGAUGUGGCGCGCCAAUCUGAAGGAUGUGUUUGGGUCACGCUGGGCCCUGGGGCUCUUUCUGCCUGUGCUCACGGUCAAGGAUGUCAUCAAACAUGAUGAUGGAAACCAAGGUCACAAGUAUGAUUGACAAUGUUUUCACAUCUGACAUGUCUAGAAUGAUCCGCAGUCACAACAAUAGUACCAAGACGCUACCUGUGCCACUUAACAUUGAAAGGAUGAAGAAAAUACACAUGUUGUUCCCUGAAAAUAAGAGAUAGAUGUGUGAUGUCAUUGAAUAUCCUUCCUGAUGUAAUGUACUGUACACAUUUAUCAUGUUGGCCUUUUUGAACAAAUGUACUUGAUGGCCAGUAAAUACACUUGGUUAACAGGGCUGUUGUGAGAGUGAUCCUCUAAGCAAAUGUGUAGCACUAUGCCUAUUCAAAAUGUCUCUGUGUUUGCAGUCAAAUAUCUCUGGUGUUUGAAUUUAGGGAACAUUUCAUCAGUGGUGCAGUUAGGCCCUUCUAACCCUAGUUUGGUUUGAUAAAUAACCAAUUAUUACCAUAAUUACCAAGUCACCAAUCAUUUUGUGGGAGUUUUCUGUUGGGUAGUGGGGGGAUUAUAGUCUUCAGGAAGGGUACCUUGUAUAUGCACCAUGGACACUGAUAAGACUAUAUGCCAAAUAGAAACACUUGAAACCUGUAAACCCUAGAUAAACUGUAAAACCUACCUGUUAUAAAAUGUUGCCAAAACACA